AUGUCAAUAAAAUCUCAAAAUAUAUCGUCAGAAUUAAAUGACAGUAUCAGUAACGUUCUAGGAAAAAAUGUAAAAAUAUUAUAUAAAUCAUUGAUACGGAUGGAAUCAAGGGGAGAUAAAGUGGAUAAUAGAGUUUUGGUCAUAACUUCAUACAGGGUUUUUAUUACAACCACAAAAGUGCCCACAAGGCUCUGGAGAGCAAAAAAGGCAAACCAUCUAUCUAUAACACUCAUUCAUGAGCACAAACCGGUAUCCAUUCUUAUAGGCGAAGAAGGUUCGUCCGACGGCGUUAUAAAUGCAAUACACGCGCUAACUGCUGCGUUUGACGACUUAUUUCCUAACGUAGCUAUGGAAGACAUAAUUUCCAAGGUCAAUUUGCCCUUUCCUCUACAACCGGUCAGCGGUACUCGUAAACAUUCUACUUGCGGCGAUUUCUCUAAUCAAUAUGCGGCGAUGUGCGAUCUUUGCCAAACACCUUUUAGGGCAGAAGUUGCUUGGGAUAUUGAUACAAUAUAUUUAGCACACGACAUACGACUGUUACAUUUGAAGGACUUCGACCACUUAGACCAGAGGGACCUAAUACCGCUAUUAAUAGCGAUACAACAUAAUACGUGGUUUACGGGUGUGUGUGGUGACGGAGUGAGGGUAGGCAGCGAAGCUUGGGAGGCCCUGUCUCGGGUGUUGCGCUGCGCUGCGCCCCCACCACAGCAGCUAAGCUGGCGCGGUGCAACGUUACGUCACGAUCAUGCAGCUCGGUUAGGACACGCCCUAGCCCGCGCUAAAACUCCGCCUGCUAUGCACACUAUUGAUCUAUCGCAGAACCACAUAGAAGAUAAAGGUGCCAUCAGUGUCCUAACUGGUCUAGCGAAUAAUCCAGACGGAUUGCGGCAUAUAGCACUCUCGCAAUGCGGGGUGACGGGAAAGACUGUAUCGCACUUAGCCACAUUGCUUAACGACAAUCCUUGCCAUCUGAACACUCUGUCACACCUUGAUCUGUCGCACAACAAUUUAAAGGAUGACGUACAUCAUUUGUACAACUUUUUAGCACAACCGAAUGUUUUGACGCAUUUGAAUUUAAUAAACACUGAAACCACUCUGGAAAAUAUGUGGGGAGCCCUUUUACGAGGCUGUGCUGCUAGAUUAUCCUCAUUAUACGUGGGGAGGAAUCCCUGGGCCGCAGGGCGAAGGCCUAGAGACCCGCCCCCCUCGUUUCGACAGUUCUUCACAGCAUGCCUUGCUCUUACGGAUCUAGACUUUUCGUAUUGCAAGAUGCCGCCUGACGCUCUAAAGAGUUUACUACUGGGCUUGGCGUGCAACGAGAGCGCAGCUGGUGUAAAGUUGAACGCGUCGGGUGCGCUUGCGUCGUCACAAGCAGCGCACGUGCUGGAGUCCUGCAUACACGGAGUCCGAUGCCUCCGCUCCCUAGAUCUUUCGGAUAACAGCAUGGAGUUCGAACUGUCGGGCAUAGUCAGAGCUGUGGGGAAGAACCAUUCCAUCACGCAUUUAUCUCUAAGCAAACUCACGGGAAAGCGUUCAUAUGCACCGCCGUUAAUACAAGCCUUAGUACAUGUACUACAAGAACCGGAUACAGCUUUAACCUCUUUGGAUCUCAGUGAUUGUAAACUUAAGGGUGAUUUAUACGGCCUUCUUAACGCCCUUGGUGGCGCACGGAGACUGCGCACACUAGAUGUCGGUGGAAAUUUAGCUGGGGACGCUGGUGCAAGACUCUUGGCUAAAGCUCUACAAUGCAAUUGCACGUUACACACGCUCUAUAUAGAUCGGAACGCAUUCAGUCUACAAGGUCUAACGGAUAUAGCGACGGCGUUGCGUAGAUCAGUAAGCGUCCGUCGAGUGGAAUUUCCCGCGAGUGACGCUGCGGCGGGUGGGCGUGGUGCCAGCGAACGAGUUGCUGCACUAUGGAGGGAUCUCCACGAACGGUUAUCAAGUAACACAACAGCGUCUCAGACGCACAGGUUAAGAGCCUUAGCACUAGAGAGAGCUUGGGGGGGUGGUGAAGCAGGGGCGGCAUUAGCGGCAGCUGCUGCAGGCGCUCUGCCUCCCGCGCCGCUUCCAGCUGCAACAGAGCGAGCAGCGGCGGCAGCUCAUCAUUUACUUCAUCAAUACCUACAGCGCUGUGGCGAAGUAUUUGCCGCAAUGGGUGGUUCCGGCUGUGCUAGCGAGCUGGUUUCUCUGCAAGCGGUGCGAGAUGCAUUCGCACCGUGCUCUAAUACAUUACAGGAUUUGCUCAAUGAAGCUGUAGAGAGUUUAGCGUUAGCGGCGUGUGAGAGUGUUGAGAGCGCGGACAGUGAGCACGCGACGAGCGCUGAUCCAGACAUACCUGAUCUUCUAACGCCCAUAUCACACUCUGGGGCGACACCGCUCGGUUGUCGGCGUAGAGAGCGCGGUGGUAGACGCGUGCGGCCCAAAUCGGUAGCAGAGCAGCAAUGCAGCAGUAACGAGAUGCUGUCGCUGCCACCGCUGCAUGCGGAGGCUGCUGAUGCACUGGCAGAUCUUCCUGCUCACACAUUAAGACAUCUCGUCAAAGGACGGCCAAGGCGAGUCAAGACGAGAGCACCUACGCGACCGAUAACAGAUCAAUCGCAAGAUAUCGAUGAAGGUUUAGAGGAGUUCUGGCGAACGUGCCGUACGCCGCCCGGCAGCGAGGAAGUGUCGUCGAUGUCAGCUCGCACCGCGCUCACUUCUCGCUCUCUCCACUCGCUCUCGUCUCUCGCCUCUGCCUCGCCCGCCUCCCCCGCCUCACCUUCAGCACAUCGCCACUCUCCUACUCUGCGAGAUGAUACUAUGUACAGCGUAACGUCUGGCGAGAGUACACCUGUUUUAUUGGAAUGUGAGGUGUCGCGUUGCAAAUCUUCAGACAACGUAGGGACAAAGGCGACUUGCACGACGCCACCGCCGUCUCGGUCUUCAGAUAAUGUGAAUUCCAUGGGCAACGGAUGCGCCCGCACUGCGGGCAAGGCGCGGCCUUGGUCUGUGGCGGGCGUCAACGCGGACAACUCGGCCGCUUGCACCACAGCGUCGUCUUAUAAGAUCCUAAUUCAUGUGUUUAGAGAUGGACUGAUAGAUGUGAAUGAACCUAAGCUAGGCUCAAUGUUACGAGAUCACCCUCUUACUCCAGAAGACGGCGACGCCUGA